AUGGAAUCUAAUAUAAGUGUUGACCUUGGACGAUAUCAUCGGCGAAUCAUGCAAAUGUUUUGGGACCCUGAGCCAUCCAACGAUGUGAACAACGACGAACCUGUUUGGUGUCUGGGCCGUUCUUACAAGCUAGACGACCCCAAGCAUGCGACCUCCAGAACCGUAAAAAAGGCGACGAGGUCUGUUGACCAAGACGCGCCGGAGACCACUCCAACGCAAAGCCCUCCGCCCGUAUCAAAACCAUCCGCAAAUGCGCCAGAGACACCGCCGGCGUCUACCUCAAGCAGCCUCUCAUCAGCAGCAGCAGCUGGCGAGGAGCUGCCGCUGGAAAAUGGGUGGCCACCGGGAUUCUUGGAAGACAUGGCGGCAAAGUUCUGGAUGACGUACAGAUCCGGGUUUGAUCCCAUAGCCAAGUCUGUCGACCCGAGAGCAACAUCUGCGCUUUCGUUUGCCGUAAGGAUCAAGAGCACGCUCUCAGACCCCACGGGUUUCUCCUCCGACAGUGGCUGGGGCUGUAUGAUUCGUUCUGGCCAGAGUCUUCUUGCUACAACUAUUGGGAUUCUGCAGUUGGGAAGAGACUGGCGGCGCGGCAAGUGUCAACAAGAGGAGCGCCAGCUCAUCAGCAUGUUUGCCGACGACCCACGGGCGCCGUAUUCCAUCCACAACUUCGUACGCCACGGGGCCACUGCCUGUGGGAAAUUCCCGGGCGAGUGGUUUGGCCCAUCUGCUACUGCUCAGUGCAUUCAAGCCCUCACAAGCGCUUCAGGACUUCCUCUAAAAGUCUACUCACCGAACGACGGACAAGAUGUUUACGAAGAUAGUUUCAUGAAGAUCGCGAAGCCCGACGGUCAAGAUUUUCACCCAACCUUGAUCCUCAUACGCACGCGUCUCGGUAUUGACAAAAUCACGCCGAUAUAUUGGGAGCCUCUACUCGCUGCGCUCCAGAUGCCGCAGUCAGUUGGCAUUGCUGGUGGCCGCCCCUCGUCGUCUCAUUACUUCGUUGGUAGCCAAGGUAGCUACCUAUUUUACCUCGACCCUCACCACACAAGAAAAGCGAUCCCAUACCACGCCGAUGUGACCAAGUAUACGGAAGAAGACAUCGAAUCGUGCCAUACUUCCAGACUACGCCGACUCCACCUCAAAGAGAUGGACCCAAGUAUGCUGAUAGGCUUCCUUAUCCGUACUGAGAGUGACUGGUCCGAAUGGAGACAAGGCGUAGAAAGCGUCCAGGGCAAAACUAUUAUCCACGUGGCAGACCAUGAGCCUACGCUGUACAGUAGCGAAGGCAGGGAUGGUGCCGUGGAUGAAGUCGAGAUAUUGAGUGACGACGACGAUGACGAUGUGACGACAACAUGAGAUGUGUCACCGGGAGCCGCUCUUGACAAGACGCUUCCAGCGAGGGCGGAUUUAUAUCUUGAGACUUAUUCCAGCAACCCGAUCUAGUGUCACGACCCUUUACCCCAACGUCGUGUGCCGGCAUACUGAGAGACAGCGCGAUAUAGAGGUCCUAAUCUCGCAAUUACGACAUGUUAGAUGAUCAAGUCUUUAUACCUUCCUCCCACUUCCGACACUGCCAGGCUGGAUAGUGGAGGCAGCAUGACCCAAAUCACGGAUAUGUUUAAAUAGCUUCGUCUUAGAAUCAAACUCAGCUGUGCAGACAUUGCAUCGAUGCUGCGUCAAAGUUGGUUAGCAUGCCUUCAAUUUACCAAUUAAUAUUAUGUGAU